UUGCUGGCUAGGAUGAGCCAGAAGGUGCCAUGGAGACAGUGCAUACAGUCAGUCACACCUGGUUCCCUGGCAGUUUUGCAUCUUCACUGACAGUCGCCACAAGACAUUCGUCAAGCACAAUGGCUGAAGAGAAAAGAACCAAGGCGUACAACAAGAAGCUGUUGGAGAGGAUCAAGGCCAAACCCGUCACAUCUAUUGAAGUUCUUGGAGACAACUUGGACAUCAUGAAGAAACCAUCGGCUAUGACCAUGGACCGGCAACGAAAGAGUUGGCACUGGUUCCUUGUGCUGGUUGCCAAGAAGAGGAUUGUAGACCCUCAGCUUCCAAACGAUUCUCCGAAGGCAAACAUCCUUACCAUGGAAACAGUGUCCUGGCUCCUGACCCAGCAGGAACUACAGGCAUAUGAAGAGAACACAGAGUUCCAUAUUGCAAGGGUACUUGUCAAGUACUUGGACUUUCUGAAGCCAUAUGCUGACUGCAUGCCACCACACAUACUUCACGAUCACCUACAGGAGUCAUCGCAGAGAAGUGAAGUCCUUAAUGUAGAACUGAUUGACGCUCCAGAGAACAGUUCUGAUGGAAUUCUCACCAUACUGAAGAGGCUGAACCAGCUAGUAGUGCCCCGUACACCUGGAGACCAUGCAGAGGUGAUAGAACGUGUUGUGCUUGGAGGUGACGUCUUGACAAACGAGAGAGCAUUUUCAGGACAGGCUGCGCUACUAAAUGCUGACAAUGAGAGUGAUUCCUGCGCUGGAAUCAUACACCGACCUGAAGGACUACAUCGCCUCAUGAACUUUCUUAUGGGUAUGUACCAGGAGUUCUACAAGGAACCAGUGGCUGGAGAUAGGGCUCUGCCAUAUUCCCUGAGGAAUAUCAUAAACAGGCGAGAUGUUGAAGGGCCAAAGUCUGUGACAAAAGCUUACAGAUCACAUCAGGCCUUUGUGGAUGACUGUCUGGAUGCCUACACACUGGCCACAGCAUGCCGUCACUUUGGCAUUUCCAGCAUGGAUGGGAGGCCAGUAGUCAACAUCCCACCAGCCCAGCCCAAGUACCCGUGGCUACUUGAGCAGGUCAGGAAGAUUAGAAAGCAACUCCUGGAACCAGACGAAGAGGAGGCCAUGGACAUUGAUGACAUGAGUCAACAAACACAGGCUCUGGACAAUAGACAGCACCUCUUGGACACAAUGAAGCAACCUAAUGGCAAGUUCAGGUGUGCCCAUUGUGCCAAGGAAUAUGUGCGUGAGAAGAACUUCACCAAACACCUAGAGAAAGAGCACAACAUCAAUCUGAACACAGCACCUGUCAAUCAGGAAGACAAUGGCAGUAGAAAAAAGAGCAGCACCGGGAGUGCCAUUUCCGUAAUCUCAUCCUUUUGCCGCAUGGGUUUCCUGCGAAGAGAUACCGAGGAUAGCUAUAAGAUGGGCGAUGGAGACAGAGUGUUCAGGAAUGCAAAGCUGGAAAUGCUUUAUGCAUAUAGCCUCAAGCAUACCAAGUACUGCAUCUGGCUUUGGCGGAUGUUGGCAUAUGAGAUGGCAAUCCUCACCCCUUCUGCAGCUUUCGACUAUAAGUGGAACACUUGCGUAAACCUGCAGGGGGGUAUUGGGAAAAAUAUCCCCAAUGACAACGCUGUUGAGCUGCAGGUGGGUGAGAUAAAGAAAAGGCUUCAGACGGAAGGAUCAAACAAGAGCUUUCAGUCAGCACAAACAAUCUGUAAAACCAAUCAGGUUGUAAGUGAGGUUGUCAAAAACCUACAGCAGAAAUGCAAGAGUCAUGUGAAAUCCAGAGAGCGAACUGUGGCCAGGAAGGAGAAGGACAUACAGACAAUGCUGGAUGAAAUCCUGGACUCGAAUGUGCAAGACUGCACAAGUGUUUACAGGACUUUUCCUGAGUACAAGGACCCACUCGCAAGAAUGGACUUUGAAAAGUUUCAUCACUGGGUGAAAGAGCAAAAACAAAUUGCCUCGAUCAGAAUGGUGCGAAAUGCACGACUGUAAUAGUCUAUCGUAUUCACUUUGGUUUGUGGUAUGUGUCACUGUACACUUUUGUUAUUUAUAUUGCUGUAUAAAGUAGUAAUGGAAUUGACGCUACUAAGUGACACUAGUGUGGUACCCUAAAGUGCUGUAGAGAAAGCGACAAUAGUAAUAGUCAUGUUAUGUAAUGUUUGGUAUCUAUGUUGAGAAUUUAGUCUUUUUUUCCUUUCACCAUCUUUUUUUGCCCAUUGCAUUAAAUUUGUAAUGUGUAGAGGAUGUCAUCCAUGACAUUUACUUGCUCUGGCCUAUAUGAUAUUAUAUAAGUAUAUUUAAAUUCUGAGAGUGAAAUAAAUUAUAAGAAAGAUUGCAAGUAAACUCUCCCUGGCAUCAUGGGAAACAAGGAGUGAAAUACAAUCAUAGCUGACUCAAGACAUUGAUAUUCAAACAUUUUUUCUUUAUUUACAUCCCAAAACAUGAAAGGUUAUGUACAUGGUACAAUGUGUUAUCAUUACAAGUCUUUGACAUGUGGAAAGUGUCGCCUCCACCUAAUGCAGGUAUCAAAAAUGGGAAAGAUGACAGAAAAAUAACUGUAGAAUGGACGGCAGUGCAAAGAAUUUAGUACAGUUGGUUGACAGUUUACCACAAUAAAACAUAGUGGUAGUGACUAGCAUGCAGUGUUUGAUUAAGCUGCUGUCAGGGAAGGCUAGUCUUAUGUAUACACAUGUAGCUUAUUUUGUAGCAGUUGUAAUGCGAAAAUAGGGUGGUUUGGGCGGUCCAAAACAAGGCACAUAACCAGGAUGUUCAGGUUAUAAUACAUGUACAACACAUGUCGAUACUGGGUAUCUGUCAAAAAGAACAAUGUAAUUUUUCUCUAUUCCAAGCAAAACCCAUAGACAUACAGAUCAUGUCAUCAGCUUUCAAUUAGCCAUCUUGUGCCAAAUCAAUAUACAUGUAGUCUGAAAAAUUGUACAUGAAGAGAUUUCCUUCUUAUUUGAGGUCAUUGUGUGAAAUGAACAUGGCACCAGUAUAAUAUAAAUCAUGCAUACCUCACCGAAAAGAAUAUGCCCAGCAAAGGCACAUCCUACACAAAUGUUAGAAGACCAGCAUUUUGAUUGUGUCCCUUUGUUGUACUGGUAAUACAUGUAGAUCAAUGUAAAAUGAUAACCUUUUGGCUACAAAUUACAAUGUCCAAAUAUGUGCUAUACUACAUGGAAGAAUCUAAGUCAUUUAGUAAGUGCAUUAGCAAGGCAGUUUGAGACACGAGAUCUCUUACUACUGAAACAGCAAAACCCAUAUUUUGGAUUUCUUGACAUCACUAAGAACUGGUCAAUUGAAAUAAAGUCAAAAUCUAAAAUUCAAA